AUGGCUUGCAUGGGGUCUGUUCCCUUUCCACCAAGCGCAGCUCAUAGCUCGCAACAAUCAGAAAGCUAUCAAGCCUGCAAAGCCUCUUCGAAGCGCGAGACCCGACGGAUGUCUCGAGAAAAGGCGGCGUUGCGCCCCUUUGUUCGUUCGUCUGCCGGUCGGUCGCUUGGCGGUGGCGGUCGCCGUGCUAUGCUGGCCUUGGUGUCAGCCGUCCACGUGGACCUGGUGGAGGGCAAAUGUGAGUCGAGUGUGGCAAGCGUCGCACCGACGAUCGUUGUGAAACAGGAGUUCCUUGGCGGUCAUGGUGAAGCUCGGACCCAUAGUCGGGGCCUCACGGUUCACGGAAUGCCCUCCGGUUCUUGUCCCGUCCCGUUGCUGAUAUUCACCCCGUGGCACGCAGGGCUGAUUGAGUUUCCGUCGGGGGUCAGGUGCAUGUGGAACGAGCUACCGCACGGUCUCCAGUUCGCGAUUCUCUUUCUGAUGCUGGGGAUUCUGUACGGAGUCAACCGACUCUUCGACAAAGCCGACGAGGCUAUGUACACUCGCGUGACCUGCGCCACGGCAGGGCUACUGAGAGAGAGGAGGCACCACCACGCUCCCCAAAUGUGUUAG